AUGCCCAUAAGAAAAAGAAAGUUGAUUGCAAAGCGUACAAAAGCAAAGAGAAAGGGGCUACAGUCUACACAGCAGGUGGAAAAGACUAUGAAAUCUGCUGCUCCAAAAGUCCCCACCACCACCAUUGACGAUGAACUGCCGUGCAACAAGGAACUACCACCAAAUACCCAAGAAAUCAACUAUGAAGAACCACCACACGAUGAUGAAUUGGAGCCUAACUUUGAGCAGGUUCUUUUGGAAGACCUUCCGCCAUAA